AUGGGAGAUCCACGGAUCAUUCUGCUGCGUGAUGUCAUUGUUACAGCAUUCAUGGGGUUUCUAUUCUUGGCCACAUUGAUACCACUGGAAACGCGUUGGUUUACGAUGCGACCUACGGUACUGCUUGUGGGCCGACAACUCUUUCGUCCCUCUCAAAUAUCGUUGGACCGAUCGAGAGGGUCAGAGACAAGAAAUGCUCGUAUCCGAAUGGUUAUGACUGGAUUUCGAUGGUCCAUGUACGGUCUGACAGCUUCAUGGGGUGUGUUGCUUAUUUUGGAAUGUGUCGCUACCCUGAUCAUGGUCUAUGCUGCCCCCAGUCUGUCGAUGCGCGUUGGAUGGAAAUGGGCAGAAGAAAACGAUUACACGGACAAGAAUUGA